GUUUCACAACAAACGAACAAGCACUAAGGUUCCUGCAUGCCCAUAGCUACAGCUAUUAGUUAGUAAUUCUAUCGCUAAGCUUUAGUCUGUCGGCACUAGCGAUCCGUCCUACUUGCGCGCAAUUCUCGCGUCAGUUCGUACGCUUAGGCAUCUUCAAAGUGCUUGGUAAAUAUAAAUCCGGAGGACUAACGCAAUCUUGGUUGGAAAUUUCUCCAUUAGCCUAUAUGGUAUAUUCUCCUGUUUUAACCCUAGGACGCGCAUUUUACUAGAUGGCGAAAUCAGCGGUUCCAUGGUGGAUGGGUGAUUCUAGUCGCCAUAUAACCGAACAACCAGAGGGCACUAUCGUUUGGGCUAAGAAACGCUCUCAAUGGCAUGCGGCGAUCGUUGCAUCACCUCUCAACUGCUCCACACCCACUCCUGAUGCUCCUGGUGCUCUGAAAAUCGCUCCUGGUGGCCCGAACAACGCUCCUGGUGCUUUGAGCAUCGCCCCUGGUGCCCUGAAUAACGCUCCUGGUGCUCUGAACAUCGCCCCUGGUGCCCCGAGCAACGCUCCUGAUGCUCUCACCACCACUCCUGGCGCGCCCCUUGUUACUCCUCCUACCACCUCCUGCAUCAGCCCUCCUUCUACCCAUCCUCACCCACUUUCCCCUUCUCCUCCCCCCCCACCUCAUGCCACUCCUCCGCUUCCGCCUGGCCUCUCUCCGAAUGUUCCGCCCCCUGGCUCCGUUACUGCUGCUGCUGCAACUCCCCUCCCCCCUUCGCCUGAACCUGCUGCUGCCACAGCACCAGUAUCCGCUCAAGCGCAUGGCGCAGCACCAGUAUCGGCUCAAGCGUAUGACACAUCACCAGUAUCGGCUCAAGCGUAUGACACAGCACCAGUAUCGGCUCAAGCGUAUGACACAGCACCAGUAUAUGGCACCCGUCCACAUCUCCCCCCGUCCGCUUAUGUCUGUGUAUUCCUUCCCCGCGACGCCACCUUUGUCUGGUGCCCCCCAGACUCCCUUCUCCCCGUGUGGGUUAAGCCCGACCCACUAGGCCCCUCUGCAAGACCCGUUCUUAGGGAGUUAGUCUCCAUAUGUGAGGGAACGGGACGGGAGCAGAUUCUAAGUCUUAUGAGGAGGGUUGGGCUACUCACAGUGGCGACUGAAACACUCGAUCUGAGCGACCAGGUCCCAUUGGAGGCCGUGGCGCUGCCGGCUCGCUCUGUGGUUUUCUGGUCUCGCUUCGCUGAAAGGGGUGCCAGUGCCGAGUCGUUUGAGGAGCAGGGCGCGCUGCUCAGUGACCUCUGCCAGAUCAUCCUACCACAGCUGCUGCAUCCUGAUUGGCUCUCAUCUCGCUACGCCAGCUGGACCACCGAAUGCAUCACUGCCAGCUCAGCACCGGCAGUGCAUGCACGCAUCCAGGAGCUUUCCUCUGCCAUACUCUGGGAGCAUGUGUCUGUUCUCUGGAGGGUCUCCCUGCCGCCCCACCCGGCAGCAGCGUGGGCGGCCUUCAAGCGUCCACUGCUCGCCGCCGUGGCAGCGUGUGUGGUCAAGGGCACGCCUGGCAGGCACGGCGAUAGAAUCUGGUUCAAAAAUGGAGGCAUUUUCGGGUUCCUUCCUUUUGCUGUGGUUGGUGGUGGUGGUGAUGUUGGUAUCACUGCUGCUGAUGCCACAUCUCCUGUGAUUGAGGGUGGUGAUCCUGCUGGUAUAGAUGCUGCUGCUGCUAAUACUUGCCAUGCUGAUAUGGGAGGAGCAGGAGUAGGAGCAACAGCAGGAGCGGCAGCAGGAGUAGCAGCAAGAGUAGAAGCAGCAGACGGGUUACCAUCAGCCGGUUUGCCAGAUGGGGUAGUUGGCAGUGGGGUGGUUAAGUGUUUUGGUUUGCUAAGUAGCGGCAGGAAAUGCCCGCGGAAAGCUAGGCCCGGGGAGUGGUUCUGCAGUGCUCACGCUGGGGAAGGAGAAGGAGAAGUGGGAAGAGGAGAAGUUGGGCAGGGAGUGCAAGGGGCAGCAAGGGUGGGGAAAGGAGGGGAGACAGGAGGAGCAGAUGGAGGGGAGGGAGGAGAGGCAGUAGUCUUGAGAGAUGGAGAGGUGGAUUUGGGCGAGUUGGAAGUUUCUGAAGAUCUCUUGUUAAGAGUGGCUGGUGCUCGUAGUGGCAGGCGUGCCAGUAGGAGGGAACAGGGUGUGGAGCAAAGUGUUGAACCAGAGGAUGAAAGUGUGAAACAAGAGGAGAGAUUGGAAGAGAAGGAGGAAUCAGUGAAAGAGCAGCAGGCGGAUGAUGGUGAGGAGGACGACGAGGAGGAGGAGGAGGGAGACAGCAUGUGGAGCAUUGGGGGAGAUGAGCAGGGAAGUCAGGGAAGUCAGGGAAAGUCAGGACGGCAUGGUAUGCGGAGGCACCGCGGAACGCAGGAUGGGGAUGCAGGGGAGGAGGGUGAAAUGUGGAGCUUCAGAGAAUGCAAGAAGAGAAGCAGGGAGGGAAGGUGGGCCAGCAAGCGAGCAGGAGGAGGAGGGGGAGGAGGAGGAGGAGGAGGAGGGGGAGGAGGAGGAGGGGGAGGAGGAGGAGGAGCAGGAAAGGAAAGGACCGGAGGAGGAGCAGUAGGAGGAGCAGGAGCAGCUUUUGAAUACAAGAGGAGCUACUUUCAGCAGAGGAGAGGCAGGGAGAUCUUGCUGUGCUGUGGCGUGACGAAGAGAGGCGGGCCGUGUCAAGUGCCCGUGCUGCCUCCCAAUACGCUCUGUCAGUUCCACAAGCGCCAGCAUGCACGAGAACGCGUGCUGCAGCCAGAGCAACAGCACAAGCAGCAGCAGCAGCAGCAGCGCCUGCAGCAGAAGCAGCCGCAGCACCUGCAGCAAAAGUGGCAGCAGCAGGGAGAGCUAGUGCUGUGCGGUGCGGUGACGAAGAGAGGUGAUCCGUGUCAGGUGCCCGUGCUGCCUCCCAAUACGCUCUGUCAGUUCCAUAGGCGCCGCCAAGUGCACAGGCAGCAGCAGCAGCAGCAAGGAGACGCUAGGCAGCAGCAGCAGCAGCAGCAGCAGCAAGGAGACGCUAGGCAGCAGCAGCAGCAGCGGUGGCAGCAAGGGAAACCGGCAGAGGGUAUAUACUAUGGGGAUGUGGAUGCUGAGUAUUACAAUGACGAGGAGAACGGUGAGGAGAACGAUGAGGAUGGUUUUCACAAGGAUGGCUCUGCGCCUCGCAAGGAGAAGAAUCCUGAUGGCAAUGGCAAUGCGGAGAAUCAGUUCAUCGAUGGCAAUGGUGAUGGUGAUGGUGAUGGUGACAUAGCCCACGGUGUGUGUGAUGGCACUGACGGCAAAGCUACGGAGUUGGAGUGCCAGGUCAGACGGCUCUUUCAGGCUUUUGUUGAGAGAGACGUGGGGGUGUGGGGGGCCCUGGCGGGCGGAGGGGCAGCACUGGGUGAUAUCAUGAGGGAGGGCGGAUUGCGAACGAGUGGAGCGGGGGAGGGUGGUGUGGGGGAGGGGGAUGCGAGGGAGGGUGGUUUUGUACCUGGCUACAGACCUGCUCUCUUGUGUCUGUCUGAGAGGAUAGAUAGGCUGGUGGCUCAAGCUGGUGCUGCAGGCACUGCUGCUGGUGCUGCCAAUGCUGGUGCUGAUGCUGGUGCUGCUGGUGCUGCUGCUACAAGUUGUGGUACUUCCAACGCAGCAGCUGGUGCUAGUCCUUCAUUUGCUGCCAAUCCUCUAACCACUGCCAAUCUAACCACUGCUAAUCUAACCACUGCUAAUCUAACUACUGCUAAUGUAACCACUGCUGCUGGCCAUUUGACCUCAGCUAUCCUGUCUGAUACUGCUGAACCUUUGAUUGCCACUAGUCAGAGCAUUGCCGCUGCUGUUUCUUCAGCUACUGCUGCUGCUUCUGCCGCUGCUAAUGCUUCUGCUGUUGCUAGCCCUCUGAUGAACCCGGGCCUACUGAAGCUGCUGCAGCUUGUGUCUGCUCGGCUGGACGCUCUUCAGCCAAUGGUGGAGCGCCAGCGAGGCAAAAUGGACGGUGGGGAUUGGUGGAGAGAGGACUGGGAGAGAUGGAGGGAGAAGGUGCUGAGGGAAGGGAGCAGGGAGGGAGGUGUGGAGGAGGAGGAGUAUAACCAUAAUGAUGGUUAUGGUGAUGAUGGUGAUGAUAAUGAUGAUGAUAAUGAUGAUGAUAAUGAUGAUGAUAAUGAUGAUGAUAAUGAUGAUGAUAAUGUUGAUGGUGGUGAUGGUGAGGAGUGGCAAGAGGAAGAGAAUGAGUGGCAGGAAGAUGAGAAUGCGGACACCUCGAGGACACGGAUUCGUGUUUCAGAAGGUCGGAGAAACGUUGGGCGAGAGUCUCUUGAAAGGGCUCAUACAAGGGGGAAGAGGAGAAGGGCGGAUGUAUGGGGAAUGGAGGAUGAGGUGGAUGAGGAAGGGGAGGGUGAGGGAGGGGGGGUUGAGGGCGUCGGUGUGAGGGAAAGGAGGGGAAAAAGGAGAAGAAUUACAGAUUGUGCUAGAGCAGUUGGGUCAGCAGCAGUGGUUGCAACAGCGCAAGCAGCAGCUGCAGCAGCUGGAGCAGCAGGAGCAGCAGCAGCAGCCCUGUCUAGAGCUGCAGCUGCUAGGACCAGUGGUGUUAUAACUGGAUGUGCGAGAACCAGGGGUGAUAGAGGUGCUACGGCUGCUGCAGUUGCUACUGCUGCUAUGGCUGCUACAGGCGAGGCUGAUGUUAUCGUGUACCAGAGAAAGAAGCUUCGGCUGACUCAGAGGGAGCACGGGCAGAGAGAGCCGCUGGUGGUGUGUGCCGAUCUGAGUGGGGGCAGAGAGCACGUGCCGAUACCAUGCGUGGUGGAUGGGGCAGUGAUGGAUGAGUUACGGAGAGGGCAGAGGAGGGUUGUAGGGGAGGGAAGUGAUGGGGUGAGGGAGAAAGGGAGGGGAGGUCGUGAUGAUGACGUGGAAAAGGGAAAGGAUGACAUGGAGAGGGAAGGGGAGGCUGAGGUGGAGUGGGAGCGGUGGAGGGAGUUUGAGUACGUCACGCAGCGGUGCUUUGACCCUGAGCUCGGGCUCGAUCUCACUAGCUGGCAGCUGGGCUGUCACUGCCAGGGGUCCACCUGCGACCCCACUACAUGCGAGCAUGUGCACCACUUCACGCAAGACACGGAGGGAAAUGGCUGUGACGUGGAUGGGGAAUCCAUGGCUGGCCGCUUUGCCUACGACAGCAGCGGCAGAAUUGUGCUGGAGAGGGGGCUUCUGGUGUACGAGUGCAAUUCUCACUGUGUGUGCGACGCCGCCAAGUGUCCCAACCGUGUGUUGCAGCGGGGCGUUCGGCAGCGCCUCGAGCUCUUCCUCACCCCGCACAAGGGGUGGGCAGUGCGAGCAUCAGAGCCGUUAAAGCAGGGAGCCUUUGUGUGCGAGUACAUAGGAGAGGUGGUGGACUCCAGGGAGGCCAGCAGGCGCUCUGAGAAGUACCCUGAGAUCGGCUCGUAUCUGUAUGACAUAGACGCACACAUGGAUGCGCCCCGUGCAGCUGUGCCUCUCAGUUCCGGCACUGUGACCAGGCGAAGUUUCGGUGACGCUUCUGUCGCUACAAGGCAAAGUUUCAGUGAAGGUAGCGGUGUGGCAAGGCAGCAUGGAGCUUCUAGCUCCCAUGGCAUGACUGCUCGUAGCGUGACUGUGCGUGGCAUGACUAUGCGUGGCUCGAGGGGGGGACUAUCAAGCGAGAGGAGGCUUGGGUCAAGGAACUCUGAACGGAUAAGGGAAGCACAGCAGCAGGGUGAGCUGACUGGUGGGUCUGCUAGGCUGAGGAGAAGAGGGCAGCCGGAAUGGGCGGGGGAAGAGGAGGUGAAGGAGGGGGAGGAGGAGGAGGAAGGGGCUGAGGUUAACCUGGAGGAUAGGCAGCAGCAGCAGCAGCAGCAGCUGCAGCAGCAGCACUUUGUGAUUGAUGCCACUCGGCAAGGGAACAUUGCGAGAUUCAUCAACCACAGCUGCGACCCCAACCUCGUGACCUACUCGGUUCUUGUGGAGAGCAUGGACUGCCAGCUGGCGCACAUUGGCCUGUUUGCUGCUCGAGAUAUAGCAGCAGGAGAGGAGUUGUCGUAUGACUACCAUUACAGCCUCGUUGAUGGCCCUGGUUGCCCGUGCCAUUGUGGAGCCAAGAAGUGUCGUGGGCGGCUCUACUAACGUUUUCUACCAAGCCAUUUGAUCUCUACUACCGUAAUCCCCAUACUGACAACUGUAUCGUCGUGGCUAAUGCAGCAUCUUUAAUCGCUCGUAAAACAAAUUAUUCCGUUUGUAAGGAUCAUUCUACAUAUUGUACCACUCCUAGGAAGGGCUUUCCAUAGAGUAGGAAAGGUUAAGAUAGAGAGUGAGGCUUAUAGAUAUUUCUUGGAAGUUUUCUAAAUUCU